CAACAUUGGAGGGUCACUGUCCAGCGCCACACAAGCAAAGAUUAAACCAGUGAUAACCAACAUUUUUGGCUUGGGGUAUUUUAUAAAGAAAUCCAGCAGCUAUGGGAGGAGCAUCUUCAGUCCUUAGUGAGCCAUGGAGGCAGCUGCCACAGAACAACAAGGCCAAUCUCGAUUUUGUGAAAUCUUAUCAACCUCGAAACAAAGAAGUCAAACAUCUCAGAAUUCUUCUUCAUGGGCCAGUUGGUGCUGGCAAGUCCAGUUUCAUCAACUCCGUUGACAGUGUUUUACAAGGCAGAGUGACUGCUCGCGUUAUGACAGAUGCAAUCUCUGGGACCAGCUUUACCCGAAAAUAUGCAUCUUACAAAAUCAGGAAAGAACCGAUGGGCCAUUACUCAUUCAUUUUCAAUGACAUCAUGGGUUAUGAGCAACACACUAACAGGGGAGUCCAUGUGGAAGACGUCAAGAUGGCCCUGAGAGGACACGUGAAAAAACAUUAUGAGUUCAUUCCUGGACGCCCACUGAAAGAGGGUGACCUAGACUACAACUCAUCUCCCACACUGGAUGACAGAGUUCACGUUCUGGUUUGUGCUAUUCCUGCCGCCUCAGUGUCUAUAAUAAGUGACGAUGUUGUGAAGAAGAUGAGAGAAGUCAGACUGGCAGCCAGUGACGCGGGGAUUCCCCAACUGGUUAUUAUCACCAAAGUUGAUGAAGCCUGUGAUGAGGUCAGAAAAGAUAUAAAGAAUGUCUAUAAGAGCAUAUACCUGAAGGAACAGGUCGACAAGAUCCACAAUUUGCUGGGCAUUCCACUGAACUCCAUCUUUCUUGUGAAGAACUACUGUUCAGAAAUCAAUGUAAAUGAUGACGUUAGUGCUCUGACGCUGUGCGCGCUGAGACAGAUGCUUUCCUUUGGAGAAGACUUCAUCGACAACCUGUAG